CUGAACCAUACAGGUUUCAUUCAGAGAGGCCUAGGCCCAUCGACAAAACUACCCGGGAAGGCCUAGUCACUGUUCUGAAUCCGAAGUCUGUAGAACAUAUGAAAGUGCAAUCAUUGCCCAUUUUUUCAGAGGAAGGGAUCUCGCUUGAAAUUCAAUUGACUAGCAACACCAAGCUUGUGUUCUUCUAUCCGUCUCUUUAAGGAUUUGGUGUGUGUUCGCUGUAUUAUAGGACGAUUCUUGUUACAAUCGGUUUUCUGAUUCGGAAUCAAUGGAAUUGAUGGUGGUGAGGCACUAAUGUCACUGUUCUGGAUUGUAAUUCGCCAGCUUGCGGAGACAGAGGCAAUGGCUACAACUAAGAAUGUCAUAACGUGGGAAGAGUGGGAAAAGAAGCUCAACGAUGUAAAGAUUAGGAAAGAAGAUAUGAACAAACUGGUGAUGAAUUUUCUCGUUACUGAGGGUCAUGUUGACGCUGCUGAGAAAUUUAGGAAGGAAUCUGGAACAGAACCAGAUAUAGAUCUUGCAACAAUCACAGAUCGCAUGGCUGUUAAGAAAGCGUUGCAGUGUGGAAAUGUUGAGGAUGCCAUAGAGAAAGUUAAUGAUUUAAAUCCUGAGAUACUGGACACAAACCCGCAACUGUAUUUUCAUCUUCAGCAACAAAGGUUGAUAGAACUAAUACGAAAUGGUAUAGUUGAAGAGGCUCUGGAAUUCGCUCAAGAGGAACUUGCGCCGAGAGGAGAAGAAAAUCAAGGCUUUUUGGAAGAGUUGGAGAGAACUGUUGCUCUGUUGGCAUUUGAGGAUGUCUCCACUUGCCCUGUUGGAGAACUGCUUGAUAUGUCACAGCGCCUGAAGACAGCGAGUGAGGUGAAUGCGGCCAUCCUCACAAGCCAGAGUCAUGAAAAAGACCCAAAGCUUCCGAGCUUGUUAAAAAUGCUGAUAUGGGCCCAGAAUCAGCUUGAUGAGAAAGCUGCUUAUCCUCGGAUAAAUGAUUUAUCUACUGCUGUACUUGAAGACCCUCCAGUUUGAAACGCUUGAAGCUUCAAAUGGAUGAUUCUUAUUGCUUGCGCUGAACAGAUGAAGCAGAAUGGACUUAUCAAACGUAUGUCUGUAGCUCUAGGACACAAUAGCUGUAAGUUGUUAUUUGUCAAUGGUUUCACUCGUUUAAUAACUGUAGGUUUGGUUAGUUUUAUUUGGCGAAUGUGAAUACUUAUUCCUCAGCUUGAACGUUUUAUUCAAACCCUUCUAGACUCUAUUUUGCUCUGGCGCAUUUGUUUCUCCGCCAA